AUGGUCAAGCGCAGGAGGAAGAAGCGCGUCGAGGCGUGUUCGCAGCCUCGCCGGACCUCCUGCGCCAGGGAAGGGGCGGCCGAGGCAGACGAGGAGGCUUGCGUGGACGGGGCCCCUGGGAGCCUGGCCGGCCUCGCGCAGCCCCUGUUCUCGGUCCUGGAGCGGCUCUGCGAGAAGGCGCGCGCCCUGCACACGCCCGGGACCCGCCGGGGCGCCCUGCUGGGGCUCGCUUCCCUUGUGGGAAUUUUGCAUUGGGUACAUCUAACAACACUUUUUGAGAAUGAUCGUCGUUUUUCUCACCUCUCAACUUUGGAGCGAGAGAUGUCAUUUCGCAAUGAAAUGGGACUGUAUUAUUCUUAUUUCAAGACUAUUAUUGAAGCACCAUCAUUUUUGGAAGGCCUGUGGAUGAUUAUGAACGACAGGCUCACCGAAUAUCCCCUUGUGAUUAAUACGGUGAAACGAUUCCAUCUUUAUCCAGAGGUGGUCCUGGCUUACUGGUAUCGCACAUUCACAGGAAUAAUGAAUUUAUUUGGGGUAGAAACUAAGGCCUGCUGGAACGUCACCAGAGUGGGAUUUCCUAGUCAAGUCGAGAGCUGUGAAGGAUUGGGAGACCCUGCUUACUUUUAUGUGGGUGUGAUUUUUAUCUUAAAUGGACUGAUGAUGGGAUUGCUCUUUGUCUACGCUGCAUAUCUGAGUGAGACUCAAUUAGGAGGACUAAUUACAGUACUGUGCUACUUUUUCAACCAUGGAGAGGCUACGCGUGUGAUGUGGACGCCACCUCUCCGUGAAAGCUUUGCAUAUCCAUUCCUGGUGCUUCAGAUGUAUAUUUUAACCAUGAUUCUCAGGACCUCCACCAGUUACAGAAGACCCUAUGUCGCCCUCUGUCUCGCCAAUGUUGCCUUCAUGCUUCCCUGGCAGUUUGCUCAGUUCAUACUUUUCACACAGGUUGCCUCAUUAUUCCCCAUGUACGUUGUGGGCUACAUUGAGCCAAGCAAGUUUCAGAAGAUCAUUUAUAUAAACAUGGUUUCAGUUCUCCUCUGUUGUAUUUUGAUGUUUGGAAAUCCAAUGUACUUAUCUUCUUAUUAUUCUUCAUCUUUGUUAAUGACAUGGGUGAUAAUUCUAAAGAGAUAUAAAAUUCAUAAACUUGGAAUAUCUGAACUCAACUUUUGGAUUCGCCUGAGUGACAUUAUAGCAGCUAGAAUCUUACGGUAUGCAGAUUUUGAUACCUUAAUGUACACCUGUGCUCCUGAGUCUUACUUCAUGGAACGAGUGACUCCGUUGAGAUACACAAAGACGUUAUUGCUUCCAGUUGUUAUGGUGAUUACUUUUUUUAUCUUUAAAAAGACUCUUCGUGAUGUUUUUUGUGCCUUAUCUACAAACACUUUCCUAAGAAAACAGCUCCUUGAACAUGGUGAGCUGGUUUUUCACACAUUGCAGUUGUUGGCGUUUGCAGCCCUUGCCAUCUUGAUUCUGAGGCUGAAGCUGUUUCUGACACCGCACAUGUGUGUUAUGGCUUCCCUGAUCUGCUCCCGAAGGCUCUUCGGCUGGCUUUUUCACAGAAUUCGUUUUGAGAAUGUUAUCUUUGGCAUUGUAACAAUGAUGUCAAUACAAGGUUGUGUAAAUCUCCAAAAUCAAUGGAGGAUAAGAGGAGAAUUUAUUAAUUUGCCUCAGGAAGAACUUCUACAAUGGAUCAAAUACAAUACCAGACCAGAUGCUGUUUUCGCAGGUGCCAUGCCAAUAAUGGCGAGCAUCAAACUGUCCACACUGCACCCCAUUGUGAACCACCCACACUAUGAGGAUGCAGACCUGAGGGCCCGAACAAAAAUAGUUUAUUCUGUGUAUAGUCGAAAAUCUGCAAAAGAAGUGAGAGAUAAAUUGUUGGCAUUACAUGUGAACUAUUAUAUUUUAGAAGAAGCCUGGUGUUUUGUGAGAACCAAGCCGGGUUGCAGUAUGCAGGAAAUCUGGGACUUGGAAGAUCCUUCCAACUCAGCCAGCCCCUCCCUCUGCAGCAGCCUGCUGCGGGAUGAAAGGCCAUACUUCACCACUGUGUUUCAGAAUGCCGUGUACAGAGUGUUGAAGGUUAAUCGAGAAGCAACCUAUGUCAGGUUCUUCUGAUGCAAAGGAGGUGGUGCAAAGAAAACAUCAAGGACACAUACUUAGCAUUCACUAAAAUCCCAUGUUUUAAUAGGACAUACUUAAAUUAAUAAAACACUAAGUAUGAUUUAAAGUUUUUCUGAUUACAACAGAUUCACAGUUCUCCAUUGAAUGUCAGUCUUAGUAAGCUAGUCACUUGAGUUGCUUUACUAGUGCUCAGGAAAGAUCUUUUAUAAUUUUUAAUAACUUUUUAAAAAUCAUUUUGUAUUCAAGUAUCUUUUAGAGCAGCUUGUUUUAUAAUGUGUUCAGUCUCUAGAAAUGUAUUUACCCAACCAGUUAAGUAUUUUUUCCUGGUUAGUUCACAGCCUAAGUUCAACAGGUAUUAAGCUUUAGUAUCCAGUGUAUUUUUCUCUUAAUAUACAGAUACAAUGAAAAUUGUUAUACUAUACAACCAGAUUUGGUGGUUUAAUAUAAUCAGAAAGAAACUUCCAGUUAGACUUAUCAAAUGAGAUUAUCAGAUGCUAAAUUUUGAAUGAAGUAAAGGCCUUUUCCUCUUAGUGGCCCGUGGGCCUUAGCACACUUGUGGACACAGCCUUUGUGUCCAGCCACCAUCUUUUGUAAUACACAUCUAUAACUCUUUAUUCAUGUUUCUUUUUAGAUGAGGUCAUGAUUUAUAAACACUUUUGCCUAGUAAAACAUACCUAACAAUAAUGCUUUAAAACAUGGUAAGUAGUUGUCAUGAAGAGGUAGUAGCCAAAUACAAAGAGUAGCACUUACUUUUUUCUCUGCCUGGUAAAUACUACCUAUGCUGAAUCUGUAAUGUAUUAAUGUGCAUCUAAUCUGGGUUAAUCAUUUUCAGGUUUUUAUAUUUCCCUUAUAUUCUUGACUCUCUGUAUUUGAGAUAAGAAAAUGCUUUAAUUCCGUAGAUCCCUCAUAGUAACAGGAAAUCAUAUA